UCAACACUGAAAAAAGACCAAAGGCUUUUUCAUGGCUGUAGUUUCAAGUGCUCAUUCAGCUAUAUUCUCCAAAACCUCCCUUUUUCACCACAUAAAUGGUUUCAAACGCUUCUCUUCUUGCUUACCGUUUUCUUCCUCUGCUGCUGCUUCUCUUUCUUCUAAGAAAAAAUGGAGACAACCAGUGGCUUCCUCCGUGUUAGAGCUUGGUGGAAUCAAAAUUGCUAAAGAUGAUGUGGUGAGGGAUGACCCGACAAACAAUGUUCCGGACACGAUUUUCUCGAAACUGGGAAUGCAGCUCCACAGAAGGAAUGACCACCCAAUUGGGAUUCUGAAGAAUGGGAUAUAUGAAUAUUUUGAUACUAAUUACCCGACUAAGUUCGAUAAGUUUGAUGAUCUCUGCCCAAUUGUAUCAGUGAAACAGAAUUUUGAUGAUGUAUUGGUGCCAGCCGAUCAUGUAAGCAGGAGCUAUAAUGAUACAUAUUAUGUUGACUCUCAAACUGUACUGAGGUGUCAUACAAGUGCACAUCAAGCAGAGCUGUUGAGAAGGGGACACACUCAUUUCCUUGUAACCGGCGAUGUUUACCGUAGAGAUUCUAUAGAUUCUACACAUUACCCCGUGUUUCAUCAGAUGGAAGGGGUUCGUGUUUUUACACCAGAUAUUUGGGAGGGGUCAGGUUUGGAUCCAACCUCAUAUGCAGCUGAGGACUUAAAGAAAAGUCUAGAAGGCCUAGCUCGCCAUUUAUUUGGUGCUGUGGAGAUGCGUUGGAUUGAUGCCUAUUUCCCAUUUACCAAUCCUUCAUAUGAACUUGAAAUCUAUUUUAAGGAGAAAUGGAUGGAGGUUUUGGGUUGUGGGGUGAUGGAGCAAGAAAUAUUGAAAAGUAACGGUAGACUGGACAGUGUUGCUUGGGCCUUUGGACUUGGAUUGGAGCGGCUAGCAAUGGUUUUAUUCGACAUUCCAGACAUUCGCCUAUUUUGGACAACUGAUGAGCGAUUUACCUCACAGUUUUCCGAAGGUCAAAUGGGAGUGAAGUUUAAACCCUUUUCAAAGUAUCCUCCCUGUUACAAAGAUAUGAGCUUUUGGAUCAAUGAAUCGUUUACGGAGAACAACUUAUGUGAAGUUAUAAGAGGAAUAGCUGGGGAUCUUGUUGAAGAGGUGAGUUUAAUAGAUAACUUUACCAACAAGAAAGGAAUGACAAGUCAUUGUUAUCGUAUUGCAUAUCGAUCCAUGGAGCGUUCACUCACAGAUGAGGAGAUUAACAAUCUGCAGUGGAACGUGCGCGAGCAGGUGCAGAAAAAGUUAAAUGUUGUUCUGAGAUGAGUGUUAUCAAUGUCUACGCCAACUAUAAACUUGUUUUUCUCAAACCAUGUAUCUGAAUGUUUGCUUGGAGCACAAUCAAAUGGCCCUAACCUAUUCAAUACUGGAACUUUGCAAAUCCGG